UCCUCUACUGGAUUUGCCCAUCCGUGAAAUUCUGGAAAGCCCCACAAAUACAAAAUCCCCAAAUGUCACGAGCGUGCUGGCUCUGGACCACGAGCGUGGCGAUGGCUUAUCAUAUAUUUCUGAGACAUCAGUUUCUGGCUUGCCAGUGUCUAUUUCCACAUCUCAUCGCAUAUAUUACGCUCCCCGAUACUCUCCCACCCACUCCCCCAUCUGCUGUCCCCUAUAUUCCCCAUACAUGGUUCCAUCGAUCUCUUUAUCAUUAUCCCAUUGACUAUCCCAUUAAUUCUCCGAUUGAAUAUCUCAUCAAUUAUUCAAUUGACUAUUCCAUUGAUUAUCCAAUUGGCUAUCCCAAUGAUUAUCCUUACGCUAUUCUCCCCUAUAUUGUCCCUUUCAUCUUUCUCAUUUACUGUCCCCGUCCAUAUCACCCAUCCAUUCAUUUUCUCUUUCUCUACCCCAUUUAUCACCCCAUUGAUCAUCGCAUUUAUUCUCUCAAUUCUUAUCGCUAUUCUCCUCAAUAUUCUCCCCAAUUUCUCCUAUACAUUACCCUCAUUUACGGACCCCGUCUUUAUUAUCCCAUAUUUUAUCCCAUUUUUUAUAUCGUUUUUUAUUUCAUGGACUACCCCAUUGGACAUCCCAUUGAUUAUCGCAUCUAUCCCGCUCUCCCCAAUAUUCUCCCCCAUUUCUCCCACCCACUACCCCUCUACUGUCCCCUCUACAUCACCCAUUCAUUGGCCCACACACCCCAAUUCUCUCUACUCUCCACCCCAUUCAUUAUCCCAUUUAUCAUCGCAUAAAUCACCCUUUCAUCUCCCCAUCUGUCCACCCCAAGAUCCUCCCAUAUUCCCCAUUCUCCCAUAUUCUCCAUUCCCCCCAGCCUUUUGCAGCAGGGCGCGCGCACCAGCCUCCGGCCCC